UUAGUCUCCGCUUCGGUAGCGUGAGAGUGACGAGGGAAUAAGAGUGUUUCGUUUAUUUAUUUAUACUUUUAUGGCGUAUUGGAACGUCUUGUAAGGGGAUUUGUGAAUAUAUUAUAGACUCGGAGUAGGUUUAUUUUGAGCAGAAAUGGCGCGGAAGAUGAUGGUAAAUGUUUUGUUGUGUUUAUUGCUGUGCAUCUUCGGACUGCAACUUGCCGUGGCAGAGGAGUCGGGGCUGUCUGAAGAAUCCAACGAAAUCGCCGACACGCCUCUCGAUAUAGAAAACGGAAAUCCCAAAGAAAACGGAGUUCAGGAAGAGAAGCCAAAGAGUGAUAAAGAUAAGAAAAAUGAAGAAGACGAAGAAGUAGAUGUUGAAGGACGAAUCGUUGUGGGCGUGCAGGAGGGAUGGGCGGAUGGGCGUGUGGAAGAGGCGCAGCUGGUCAGAUCCGCGAAUAAGUUUAAUUACAAGAUUCAGAUCGCCAGAGAUGGUGCGAUUCCUUGCAAGGCGGAAGGAGAGGAGACCGAAGACGAAGGAGACUAUAUUCUCAUCUAUCUUCCAAGAGCCGAGGGCGUGGUCCAGGCGCCCGCGAGUGACCUCCUGAAGGGGCUGAGGGCGGCCGAGGCGAGCAUCCUCUUACCCGAAGGAAACAUCAAUGCUCUGGUCGGCUGGGGUCAGGCCGUGAAGGAGGCGGCGCGUGCGGAGGGCGUGAGUGACUUCGGAGAACUGGUCGAGAUCUUGCGCCGCGACCCUGAAGUCCAAAACAGAUACCGAAGCCGAUUCGACUCAGCGGGUCGCGUAUUCCAUGUGCUGAAUGACCUUUCGCACGUCAAAAACCACGGAUUGGAGGUCAAGGAGGUCGAGGAAGGUGAUAGGCCGAGGUAUGAGUUCACGGUGAAUGGCCACGCCCCUUCUGUCGUUUUGGCCACGCCUACGAGCGAGAGAGGGAGGUCGGUGCUGCUCGCUGUUUCGGAUUACCUUGUCGGGACUCAUGAGCCCGGGGUCGGAUGCGUCGACUGCGUUACGUCAGAUAAUCCCGAACUCUACCUGAACGUGACUCGGGUGGCGCUCGUGGGCGUGUUCGUGACCCGCCCACAACCCUUUCUCGAAGACGCCCUCACUUCCCUCCUCGCCACUGGACUCCACCCGAACAAGACCGUCGUUUUGGUCUAUAACACG